UUCUUUAUUUUUUUGCACAUUCUCCCUGUUCUCUCUUCUCGCCUGCAUUUUGUGUAUCUCAUCUCGUGUACGCUUUCGCUGCCUUUCCAAUCUCUUCGGCAUCGAGGCAGCAACAACAAACACAACGAAAAGCUGGCGUCGUCGUCGCCGUCAUCGUUUUCUCUAUUUUCCUCAAUCGCUGUGCCUUUUCAUUUUCAAUUCGCAUAUUUUUGCAAACUCUACUUUCAGUUAUUCGCCGAUAAUUGAUGUCAAAGGACGCAGUUUUGCUCCGCCGGCGUUCUCGUAGCCUUUUGGAAUAAGCUUCCCGGUGUGCACUACCAGUGUGGCCAGUUUAGUGCCAGUGUGACCAUGCCCAAGGAGGAUCCGUUUGUGAAUCGUGCCCAGCUUUUGAAGGCGAUCAAGAAAUACCCGGAGAUCUGGGACUCCAACAACAAGCUGCAUAUGUGCCGCAGUGUCACAUCGCCCAUGUGGACGGAGAUCGCAGAGCAGUUUGGCGGUCACGUGCCGACAGUUAAACUUCAAUCGAUCUGGAGCCAGAUGAAGUACCACUACCACAAUUUGGUCCACCGGCAGAUCCUGCACAAAGAUCGCUUCAACACCAAGUGGGAGCACUUCGAGCCCAUGUCCUUCAUGUACAACAUAACGGUGGCCAAGAUCGUGGGUGCCCAGUCGAGCGGUGGUGGGUGUGGUGCCUCCCCCGAUGACCCGCCCACUGCAUCUGAGAUGCCGUCCGCUGGAGAGGAACCCGCUGCUUCAGCGCCGCCACCCCCUUUGCCCAGCGCAUCCCAUGGACGUGGACGUCCCAGCGGCAGUUUUAGCUGGCUACAAAGCGCUGCCACACCCACCGCCCCGCAACUGCCACAUCUCAUUGCUCAGCCGACCCAUGGACAAGGUCAUGGAAUGACCUAUACCGCUUUCACGGGCUUGGUCCCACCGCCGGCUGCAGUGACGUUGGAGACGGUGGCCACGCCUCCGCGGAAAUUGGGGCGCCCUAGUUCGUUGCAUAAUAGUAUGCGCGGGCGUAUCAUCGAUGCCAUCAAAACGCGUCCUUCGCUUUGGGCGGGACGCCAGCGUAGUGAAAAGGGGCAGGGCCAGAGUCGAACCUCGGCCGUUUGGAAGGAGGCGGCCAUAGAGAUGGGACUAACCCCGACUCUUAUGCAGACUCGCUGGUCGAUCAUCAAGCAGCGGUAUGUGGAUGAGCUGCAAAAGGAGCGCCACGCCCAGUAUUCUAACCAGGGAUUCCGUUCCACAUGGGAGCACUUUGAGCGAAUGUCCUUCAUGCGAGAGAUCCUGCUAAAGAAGGUGGACGAGCGGGAGCAGACUCGCGAACAGAUCCAGGAGAUCGUCAGCGAACAGCAGCACCACCAGCAGCCGCAACACCACCCGUCACAGCACUUGCACCACUACCGUCCACCACCGCCCCCUUCAGGGCUGGUGGAGCACGCCCAGGACAUGCCCAUCGGAUUGGUGCAGCAUCACCACGAAGGACACCAGCCUCCGCUGGCCAUGCACCACCCCCACCCCCACAAUCCACAGGCCAUUCGCCGGCGGGUCAAGCACGAGUCUGAUCUCGAGUGGGAUCCCUUUGAGAUGAUCCUUCACGUCCACGGCGCAGGCGAGCCAGCUGCCAACUGAAGACUGAGAAAUUGAAAACAGCCACCCCCUGGUUUGUGGCUCGAUGAUAUGGGAAGGCCAUAUCGCUGGCGCCAGACUCGAUCCGAAAAUGGAGAGUCCACACAGAGGUGUUUGGAUUAAGACAAGGCCAAGAUUGGGGCACGUGCCUAGACUCUCAUCAUGCCAAGGCCUUCGGAUGAGCCAACUCAUUUGGGAAACGAAAUGGCAUUAAAUACAAGUAUAAUUACAACGCGUUCUUAUUUAUAG